ACGCAAAUUUGAGGCGCGAUUUUCCCAUCUUCCUUCCCCAUCAUCUGCAAUUCGCCUCUCACCCUUCUCAGUGAUAGCGCCAUCCGUUGAUAGCGCGUUCAGAGAAGCUGCGGAACGACACCCUGAGCCAUUUUGCCGGCGUGAGGGGGAUGGCGGCGGUGGAGGCGGAAAGAACCGCCGCGGGAAGCGGGCCGCAGGUGGCGGAGAGCGACGAGGACCAGGAAGGAAGACGGAGAAUCCAAGCAGGCGAUGCGGCUCGGCUGGAAGCGUCUCUUGCGGCGGAUUCAGCGGUAGCUGGCGGCAGCGACGAGCUGAGUCGGCUUCGCGACGCGCUGCGCGGGUUCCGCAUGCCGGCGGAAUGGGAGCGGCACGACGGAUGCUGGAUGAUCUGGCCCGAGCGUCCUGACAACUGGCGCGAUGCAGCAGUGCCAGCUCAGCAGGCCUUCGCCGCCGUGGCGGGUUGCAUCAGCAGAUUCGAGCCAGUCAGCAUGCUGGUGUCGGGCGCACAGUGGCAGAAUGCACGGCAGCAGCUGCCGCCAUCAGUGCGCGUGAUAGAGAUGAGCAGCAACGACGCCUGGGCCAGAGACAUAUGCCCCACUUUUGUCGUCAAGGACACACCAGAGGGGGAGCGACACGUGGCGGCAAUCGAUUGGACGUUUAAUGCGUGGGGUGGUGCUGAGAGUGGGUGCUAUGCUGACUGGUCUCUUGAUGACGCCAUCCCUGCCAAGAUGUCAGAGCUCAUUGCAGGCUGCACGCGCCACCGCACCUCGCUCGUCAUGGAGGGGGGCUCCCUGCACGUCGAUGGGGAAGGCACGCUCCUCACCACCUCCCAGUGCCUGCUCAGCCCCACCCGCAACCCCGCUCUCUCGCGCGCUGCCAUCCAGCUCCACCUCUCUGCUCUGCUCGGCGCCUCCUGCGUCAUCUGGCUGCCGCACGGCUUGCAAGGCGACGAGGACACGGACGGGCAUGUGGACAAUGUGGCGUGCUUCGUGGCACCGGCCCACGUGCUGCUCGCGUGGACCGACGACCCCUCCCACCCCCAGUACUCAGUGUGCCAGGCAGCACACGAGGUGCUCUCCGCGUCUCGGGACGCCAAGGGCCGCUCUCUGCGCAUCACACACCUGCCGCUGCCGCCUCCCCUCUACUACUCGCAGCACGACGUGCAAGGGCUUGCACAGGAGGGGGGCCAUGCGCAGCGGCAGGCAGGGGACUUGAUGCCAGCAUCUUACAUCAACUUCUACCUCCCAAACGGUGCGGUGGUGGCGCCUGCGUUUGGCAUUCCAUCCAGUGACCAGCAUGCUUUUGAAGUGCUACAAAAAGUUUUUCCUGACCGUGAGGUGUGUUAUCAUGAUGCUGGAAGGUAAGGAGGUUCUUCUUGGAGGGGGCAACAUCCAUUGCAUUACACAGCAACAACCUUCCCUAAGGUGCCAUUUGCCAACUACAAAGUAAAGCUCGGCCGACAUCACCAAGGAUGCACAGUUCACGACACGUCUGUCGGUCGGAGCUGUGUGUGGUGCGUCGACCUAUGCUAUCUGACAGAUGAAGCUUACAUGUGACCAAUAUUUGCAAUAGUCGUAUUUGUAAAUGUCCAUUCAUGAAUCUAGCAAGCCGUUUAGUUAAGA